AUGAAAUUCCACCAGCUAACUCAAAAACCAAUCGAAUGGGGGCUCCGCCCCCAAACCCCCGUGACGCGCUUCGUGCGUGCGCGCUACGCGCGGGGUCGCUUUGCUCCCGGGACGGGCAAGACAUCACUUUUGAAGUUUGUGUACGAAGACUACUACAAGAAGAACCUCGACAACAAGUACUGGGUCCUCUACAACGAAGACGUGCACACACAUGUCAUGCUGGAAGACUUGGAUUCUACUGUGCUGGACAAGCUUGGUGCCCAAUCUAUCACGACUAUUUGCGACGAAGCCGGAUUCGCCAUCGACCAGAAGUACUAG